AGUUAACAGAGUAACUGAUUAUCAACUCUAAUCUUCAGAUUGUAAGUUUCCUGUAGAAUCGUUUAAGAAUUGAAUGUUUGAGUUCUUAUUUGAAUCUGGUUUCAAAAUUACUUACUGUACUUUGUACCAUUCACUGGUCGUGCCAAUUUUGAAAAUUUUGUUUGAUGUUUUCUCAUGGAAACAAGUAGUUCUGCACGCUUGCUUGUAAAAAGUAGUUGAGUGCCUGAUGUUUGUAGUGCAAUAAUUACCAUUGGGGACUUGAUGUUUGUGAUGCUGUGGUAAUUAGUGGUGGAAACUUGAUAAUUUCAGAAACAUGCUUGAUAGUUGUGAUGUUGUGGUAAAGUAUGAUAACUUACUCUUUUAAUUUGUUAUGAUGAGAUACUUGGCCAUUAGAGACAAGCUUUGGCUAAGCUAGGAUCUUAUGGUAAAGUAAGAUAUAAUACUAGGUAUUUGAUUAAUUCUUAUGUCUGACUUAUCUCUCCCACCCCACCCCACCCCACCCCACUCCACAGUUAGAACCCAUAUUGCCUUUAGUUAUUGGAGUCUCACCUUUUUAGCUGCUAUGGAUAGCAUGUCUUACAUGGAAUCUUAUGCAUGAAAAUGCUCUCUUCUCUCUCUCUCUCUCUCUCUCUCUUCUACUUUCCUGUUCUCCUUACUUGGGAGGAAGUUACUGGGUGCAUCUUGCUCCCACAUUCAGGCAGUAUCAAUUAGCUAAAAUUAUGGAUGGGUUCAACCUGAAAGUGAGAGAAAUACACUAUUUGUUAAUUACCUGGCACACCAUAUAAUUUCACUUAUUUAGGGGAUGGAUAGAUAGUUUAGAACUAGACAGCAUGAAGGAUUUAAGGGAUAGUAAGUGAAUCAGAAAAUGUGCUGGCCCACUCGUAUACCUUCUCCCACGAGGCUGGGAUAGUGGUUUUGUUGCAGAUGCCUUUAUAGGAAGUAGAUAUUCACGCAAGUCAAAGGCUGCCAAGGAUGGUAAUUGAACAAGUUAUUGACUUGUUUGUUAUUACCUUUACUUGUCAUGUGAAGUUCACAUCACGUGAAGCGCUUGUGAGGUGUUUGGAAUUUGAUCCUUCUUGGUUGGACUGUAGCUUCGUAUUUUUUGGAUCAUAUAUUUUUGAUAAUGUUAUCUGGUCCGAUAAUAAUGGCUAUUUCAUUCAUCGAUAUUACCUUCCCUUGAAGCAGGGUUUUAGGAAGGUUGACCCAGAUCGCUAUGAAUUUGCAAAUGAGGGGUUCUUAAGAGGGCAAAAGCAUCUCUUGAAGAGUAUAUCUAGGAAAAAGCCUCUUCACGUACAGAGUAAUCAACCACCUCAAGUCCAGAGCUCUAAUAUGGCAGCAUGUGUUGAAGUUGGAAAGUUUGGACUAGAGGAAGAGGUUGAAAGGCUCAAACGAGACAAGAAUGUGCUUAUGCAAGAAUUUGUUAGAUUGAGGCAGCUGCAGCAAGCUACUGAUGGUCAGCUGCAAACUGUGGGCCAACGUAUUCAGGUAAUGGAGCAGCGACAGCAACAAAUGAUGUCAUUCCUUGCAAAGGCCAUGCAAAGUCCAGGCUUCCUAAAUCAGCUUGUACAGCAGAAGAAUGAAAGCAGCAGGCGCGUUACUGGGGGCACUAAAAAGAGGAGACUUCCUGGGAAGGGGGAAGAGAAUUUAAUAGGCAAGGAGGGCAGUAAUUCUCCCAAUGGACAGGUUGUGAAAUUCCACUCUUCAAUGAAUGAAGCAGCAAAAGCAAUGCUGCACCAGAUCCUGAAGAUUAAUUCAUCAUCUAGGCUGGAACAAUCAAUAAACAACUCUGGGCCUUUCUUGAUAGAUAAUCUUCCUUCUUCCAGUGGAUUAGACAGUAGCAUCACUUCAAGUAGGUUCUCAGAAUUGAUGCUUUCUGAGGUUCCGCCAGCUUCAGGGUCAUCAUUUUUGCAUGUUGAGUCGGGGUUUUCUGUCAGUCAUCCAUCUAGUGCCAUUUCUGAGAUCCAGUCUCCACCUUGUACAGUAAGUGACCAUGUUAAAACAGAUCAUAUUGCUGAGAUGAGAGUGGAUAAAACUGUUCCAGAUACAAUUCUUCCUCAAUUCCCCGAGGGACAAGGAACUUUACCAGAAAGCCCCAUUGGAAUUCCAAACGUGAAUUUUUUGGGUUCUGAGGUUGGGAAUGACGGGAACAUCAGUGCAAUUUCAUCUGUCUUAGAUGUGGAAAUGCCUGUAGAAACUGAUGUAUUUUCUCCUGAUCAGGAAAUAGAGAUCUUGAUGGACGGUAUUCCUAAGCUUCCUGGCAUCAAUGAUGCAUUCUGGGAGCAGUUUCUUACGGCGAGUCCUUUCACAGGGGACACAGAUGAAAUUAGUUCAAGCUCGCCAGAGAGCCAUGUGGAACAGGAACUGCAGUCACGGCAGGAAAAUGGCCUGGACAAUACUCGAUAUAUGAAUCAUCUGACCGAGCAAUUGGAGCUUCCUAUAUCACAGAGGAGGGUCUGAAUUAUUGCUAAUUGUAUAUAGUUUCUUGCCGUCAAAGAAUUGCUGUUCUGCGUUGCUGAGCAGAAAAAAAGCUUGUGUUGAAAAGAGGGAUGGCAAGAUAAUUUUGGAUGUGUAAUAAAAAGUACAUCUGCGUUGAUCGUAUGUAGUGUACUAUGAGAACUUGUGGUUUGCGUUGGGUUUGGUUGUGAAAAUCCUUUUUCUUUAAGGUCCUAAAAGGGAUAAUAUAAAUGCAUGUAGUGGUCUGUCAUAGAGAAAAAAGAAUGAGAAUUGGAAAUUCCUGAUGGGGGGUUCCUUCUUAUACCUGUAGAAACAAGUCCUGCAAUUUUUUUGCUGGGUGAGUUUUGAGACUGCUAUCUGCAUCUUUUUUUACUUUGCUGUUAGCUGUUGCUGCCUUGAUAUUUGAUGGGGAAGAACCUUCAUCGAUA